CAUAUAAAAUCUCUCUCUCUCUCUCCAAAUCCAUCCACUUCUUUCUCUCUUCUAGGAAAAAUAUCAUAGACAGAAAGCCAUGGCCCUAGCUACCACCACCACCAGUUGCUCUGCAAUAUCAUGCCAAUCUCUCAUAUAAAAUCUCUCGCUCUCUCUCUCUGUCCAAAUCCAUCCACUUCUUUCUCUCUUCUAGGAAAAAUAUCAUAGACAGAAAGCCAUGGCUCUGGCUACCACCACCACCAGUUGCUCUGCUAUAUCAUGCCAAUCUCUCCUCAGACCCCAACAACCGUUAAUUCCACCUUCUGCUUCCAAACCCACCUUCCUCUCCCAAUUUCCCACAACUUCUAAACCCAAAUCAACAAGACCCAUCAUCCAACCCAUCUCAGCCGUCCAAUCAGCCGACUUACCCGCCAAAAACUCAUCAAAUUCAACUUCCACCAUCGACCAAUCACCUCCAAAAUGGAGUCUUGAUAGCUGGAAAUCCAAACAAGCUUCCCAACUCCCAGAAUACCCGGAUAAGGACGACCUUGAGGCAGUGCUCAAAACACUUGAAUCGUUCCCUCCGAUAGUGUUCGCCGGCGAGGCUCGGAGUCUUGAGGAGAAAUUGGGUCAAGCUGCACUUGGGAAUGCUUUUCUGUUACAGGGAGGUGAUUGUGCUGAGAGUUUCAAGGAAUUCAAUGCCAAUAACAUCAGAGAUACGUUUCGGGUUCUUCUACAGAUGGGUGUUGUCCUCAUGUUUGGUGGACAAAUGCCUGUCAUCAAGGUGGGAAGAAUGGCUGGUCAAUUUGCAAAGCCGAGGUCAGAUCCAUUUGAAGAGAAGGAUGGGGUGAAGCUGCCAAGUUACAGGGGAGAUAAUGUUAAUGGGGAUGCAUUUGAUGAGAAGUCAAGAAUUCCAGACCCCCAUAGGAUGAUCAGGGCUUACACACAAUCUGUAGCAACACUGAACCUUCUGAGGGCUUUUGCUACUGGAGGGUACGCUGCUAUGCAGAGGGUUACACAGUGGAAUCUUGAUUUCACUGAGCAUAGCGAGCAGGGUGAUAGGUACCGUGAACUGGCUCACCGUGUUGAUGAGGCCCUUGGUUUCAUGGCUGCUGCUGGACUUGCAGCAAACCACCCAUUUAUGGCCACAACAAAGUUUUGGACUUCUCAUGAGUGCUUGCUCUUGCCUUAUGAGCAGGCACUGACAAGGGAGGAUUCAACUUCUGGCCUUUAUUAUGAUUGUUCCUCUCACAUGAUUUGGGUUGGGGAACGCACACGUCAACUAGAUGGUGCCCAUGUUGAGUUCCUAAGAGGGGUUGCCAAUCCUCUUGGCAUCAAGGUGAGUGAUAAGAUGGAUCCAAAUGAGCUGGUUAGGCUCAUUGACAUUCUGAAUCCUCAGAACAAACCAGGAAGAAUAACAGUGAUUACCAGAAUGGGAGCUGAGAACAUGAGAGUGAAGCUUCCCUAUCUGAUUAGGGCAGUCCGUAGAGCAGGUCAAAUUGUCACUUGGGUCAGCGAUCCCAUGCAUGGGAACACCAUAAAAGCUCCUUGUGGACUCAAAACCCGUUCCUUUGAUGCAAUCAGGGCUGAAGUGAGAGCUUUCUUUGAUGUGCACGAUCAAGAAGGAAGCCACGCGGGCGGAGUGCAUCUAGAGAUGACUGGACAGAAUGUGACUGAGUGUGUUGGAGGUUCACGAACUAUUACGUACAAUGAUCUGAGCUCACGCUACCACACCCAUUGUGACCCAAGGCUCAAUGCUUCUCAAUCUUUAGAGCUUGCCUUCAUAAUUGCUGAACGGCUUCGGAAGAGACGGCUUGGACAACAACACACUCUGGCCUCUUUCAGGCUGUAGAUGGCAUUGGGUUGUUGCCCCUUUACCUUCUGUGAGCACUUUCUUAUUUUUGUCUCUAGAGUGUGUUAUGGUUACCAUUGCAGUUUGCGAGUGUAUCCUCAGAUACUAGCUUGUAAUAUGGCUUGAUCUAUAUUGAUUUUUCUCACAUUCAGUCUAUGAAAGUUGGGCAAGCUGCCUAAGCUUUAGGUCAUUUGGACAAAGCUUCCCCCGCUCAGUUUGGCAAAAGGGUAAUGUUAUUCAUUGAACAUGUUAGGUAAGCGAUGGAACUAUGGGUGAAAUGUAAAUCUACCCGUCUGUGAGUUUCGAGUCUCUUUAGUCUUACAAAAUUCGAGUUUAAGUGGUACAUAAUUAGUGGAUGAUUACUUGCAUCUGAAAUUUGUGUUGCAGUCAUUAAUACAUGAAACACUUUGUAUGUUACGAAUCUCCAUAAGAAAAACAAUAAAAGG